GCUACCGAAACAAUUAACCCCAAAGCUUUCCCCUUGGCUGACGCUGAAUUGACAAACCAAAUACUUGACCUCGUUCAACAAGCUUUACAUUAUAAACAAUUGAAGAAGGGUGCUAACGAAGGUCCGUGUUUACGAUUUAGGAAGUAUUUUAGGGGCACCGAGUUAUUAAUUAAUCAACGUUUGCCAUUCACGUUAGCUACUAAAACACUUAAUCGUGGGAUGUCGGAAUUUAUCGUGAUGACGGCCGACACUGAACCAAUCGAGAUAGUAUUACACUUGCCACUAUUAUGUGAAGAUAAGAAUGUUCCCUAUGUCUUUAUUCCUUCAAAAACUGCGUUGGGUCGCGCGUGCGGUGUUUCUCGUGCAGUAAUUGCUGCUUCCAUCAUCAGCAACGAAGCAUCCGAACUUAAACCCCAAAUUCAGGCGAUCAAGUCCCAAAUCGAACGAUUGCUAAUAUGA